GCAUUCAGUAGGCACAAAACAAGUUUCUAUUAACGCCUUUCCUGAAAAUAUAUUUGUUUAUCUUUUUGAACAUGAGCUUUCUUUCUGGUAUAUCAACUAUGAUUAUUGGAAUAUUAGACAAGAUCCAAAAUUAAAAACUAUAGGAUAUGUUUUAUUUAUGGAUAAUGAGAAUUCUUACAGAGUUAGCUUUAGUUGGUUACAAUCUGAAUUUAAAGAGAAUGAAUGUGUUUUUCACUGCAGUACUGCUACGUGUAAAUUCAUAGCAGAUUCUGGAGAAUUUUCUGAACA